AAAAUGUCUGGUACAUUUCAACAAACUAACAUAAGUAAUCAAACGACAUAUAAUGACGAAAACAAAAAGGACCAGGUAAUAAAUUGUAAUUACCAACUUAAUGGAAGGAGAUCAUUAUCAGAUAUAACAGAAAACAAGAUUGUGGUAAUGGAUUACAUGACUGCAGGUGGGCAAAUUAAUCUGAAUCUUAAUUCAUUUGAUAAUUCAAACUACGAAACAAUAGUUCUGUACAAAUUGAAUACUUCCUUUGAAGAUAUUCUUAAAAUAUUUAAAGAAAAACUUAUAUCAAGAAUUGUAGAUGGUAAAUACGUCAUAAGUCAUAAAGACGCUAUUAAUUUGGACAAAAUGAUAGGAUUUGCUACGAGUGAAUCUGAAAAAAACAACAAACAAUUAAAGAACAGGAACAGAACUUUACGAAAUAAAUAUGAAAGUAAUAACUGUGUAGUUAAAGAACACAAUAAGCUUAAAUCUGAAAUGAAUAAAAUAAUAAUUAAUCUUCGUUUAGCAUUAGGUCGUAGAUUCGAUGACAAGGAAGAUGUUAUGCAUUUGAUCAAUAUUUGCGCUGCGUUAGUUGCACGUGAAAGUGAAUAUCAUUACAUAUUAGCAGAAAACGAUAAAUUGAAAAAUAGUUUUGAUAAACAACUUAUGAACAUACGCGUGAAAACGUUAAGUAAUUAUGAUGAAAUUCUACACAACGUAGAAAAAUUAAAAGAAGAAUUGUAUAUCAAAGAUCUAAAAAUAUCACAAUUGAAAGACGAAAUUUAUUCGGUUAAUAAAGAACAAAAUACAGUCGUACCAUUACAAUUAUUACAUGAAAAUUUGUCAGAGUUUCCUAAAGAAUUGAUUGAUGAAUUCCACGGCACAUUUGAUAAUUCGCAAAAUAAUAAUGAAUUGUACGAAGGCAAAAUGUUGAUCGCCGAACAAAUCAAUCAAAUUCAAGGUUUUAGCAAUUUCAAGUCCGAAAACCAUCAAUUGAGUGACUUAAUUAAUAUGCUUACGAGAUUAACAGCCGAUAAAGAAGAACAUUUAAAAAUAAUUAAUAGACGUUCAAUUAGAAAUAUUGAAGACAAAAAUCAACAAUUAAUAAAAGAAAUUGAUGAUAACAAAGAAUGGCAAAAACAUUUGGAAAACGAGAACGAAAAACUAAAUUAUGAAAUCGAACACCUAAAACAGGUCCAAAUAACAUUAAUUGGCAAAGAAAACGAACACAAAAACCUCAAAGAAGAUCAUUCGAAAAUGCAGUUAAUGUACGACAAGCUAAAUAAAGAAAACGCACACUUAUUGACGUUACUCAACGACUAUCGACAACGAUUGACUGACAGAGAAAUGAAAUAUGUCGAUGGCAAUAACCUAAUUAAAACACUUCAAACAAAUUUAACAGAGCAAACGAAUAAAUUCGAAUUUGCAAAUGCAAUGUACAACAAAGAAAAAGAAAAAUGUCAGAGAAACGAAAGUUACACACAACAAAUAGUCAAUGAAUUUACUAGCCAGCUCCACGAAAAAGACAUCAAUAUCACAGUGUUACAAAAUGAGUGUAAUGAUUUGAAACAUAGCAUUGAGUCAGUAGAAGCUGAUAUCGAAAAUUUAAAACAUAAGACAAUUACCUUAGAGUAUGUAUUGAACGAAAAAAAUAAAACGAUACAAAAUAUGUUAAAAACCCAAAGCAAACAGCAGCACAAAGCAACUUCACGGUCAUCUUUGUUGUCAUCCGAUAAUCAAUUGCACAUUAAGAGUCAACUAGAGCAACAAAUGGACGUAUUCCUAGACAAUUUAAGUACCUGGCAAAAUACUAUAGUUGGUUACGAGAAAGUGUUAAACAACAUGCAAAACGCCGUCUUGCAACAGUCUAAGAAAAGAAACUACUUGAUAGCCAAAUAUCAAUAUUUUAAAGACAUUGAAUACAAAGCAACAUUGACAGAAAAUUUAACCAAAGAAAAUGCAAUUAUUCUAUCCCAACAUCAAAAUGAGAUAAAAGAUAUAAAAGAGAAAUACGAUUCUAAAAUAGCACACAUAACAAAUACAGAGACUGAAUUGAGAAAUGAAAAUCGAGAUUUAAAAGAAAGUUUAAAAUUGAAAAGUGCACACAUUAUGAUAGCCGAACAAAUAGCAAGUUCACAACUGAAAGAAUCUCUUAAAACUAUUCAACAUUUAACUGAAAUCUCUAAUAUUCAAUCAUUGAAAUUAAAGAACAUACAAAAUUCAACUCCCAAAAGGUGCUGUGAUACACAUUUAUUGAAUACCACUAAUAAACGAUUUCAGCAAAUGAAGGGUUUGGUCGAUUAUAUGUUGAAACUUAAAUCAAAAAAUAAAGUAAUGAAAAAACUUUGUGAAAUCCGCAACAAAAGAUUGCAGUUACUCGAUAAGCGGCCCUGCAUAUGUACAAGGAAAACAAUAAUGAAAAUGAAAUAACCAUUAUUUCAAUUUGCUUCACACUAAUAGUUAAAAUACUUAAAACCAUCAAGUGGGAUGUUAUUUAGCUUAUAUAAGUUAAUUUUUUGAUUUUCCAUUUAAAACAAUACCUAUCAUUAGUGAAUAAAAGGCAAGUUCUGCCAUUUGUUAUGUUAAUUAUGAUUUUGCUUAG